AUGCCGCGCCUACCCAAGAACAAUCAACAAGGCGGCUCGAGCGUGACCAAGGUCACCAAAAAAAGACAAACUCGCCGUAAGACAUCAUCACCACCAUCUUCGCCUUCUCCUCCUCCCACUACUCACUGGAGUGACGAAAUGGGGCAAACCCUUAACUUUGGGCGUCCGGUUCCCUUCCAGGACAACUGGCGGCCGUCUCCUCCGGCUCCAGCACCACAACCUCAACAACAUGGGGUUUAUGCCCAGGGCCCUUUUCCUGGGCAAGCGCAAAAUGAACAUUCUGUUGCGAAUACCCAUUUUUACUCCUACACUGCGCAGGAGUCGCAGGGAUACGGACAGGUACAGGGUACCCAGAACAACUUCGCUGCCCCGUCACAGCAGCAACCCUACUUUUCACAAGACCCUCAGAUGGUCUUCGCUGCACAGAUGCAGCCACAAGGUAUUGGUACAUACCAGACCCACAACAACUUCGCUGCCCCGACACAGCAGCAGCCGUACCCUCAAAUACAGGGUAUGCCGAAUACAUUGGCUGCUAUGUCAGAGCAGCAAGAACAAAAUUCAUUCCUGCCUCUCCAGGAGCCAAGCCAGGAGAUACCUGCUCCCCUCCCCGAGCUGUACCAAGACCCCCCGGUGCAGACCACUCAGCAGCGAGAUGAUGUGUCUGCGCCUACCGCGCCGGAUACGAUCGACCCAUUUUUGCUGGACACAAGCGCAAAUGUGCCGGCUACGCAAGGCGCGUCUAUCCCAGACGCAAACCAACCCAUCGUCGCAUUCACUACCUCCUCCAAACAAGAACUCCUCGAAUGGAUUCCCACCGAGCCCGUCUACUCCAACCCCGACUUCGACGCCUCGCUCGACGUCUUUGACUACGACGCCUACGCAGAACAAUAG